AUGGGUGGGGAUGGAAGCAACUCUUCCAGUUCGAUCAUUGUUGCCGCAAGGGAAGCAGGUAAGAGGAGGGUUGAAUCUGCUUCAACUGCCUCAAGACAUGCGGAAAAUGUUGAUGCGGUAAAAAAAGCUACUGAACUUGCAGCAACAGCUGUAUCACAAGCAGGAAUGAUUGUUGCUAUGGGCGACCCCUUGCCUUUGAGGCAGUUAGUAGAAGCUGGUCUGGAGGGCUAUUGGAAGGUUCCUCAGUUAUCUUCCGAAUGGGGUGUGAAAUCAAACAAUGCAAAUGGAGAUCUAGAGAAUGCAAAUACUGUUGAAGAGUCUCCUAGUGUUUCUGCUAGACAAUCCAAGGAGGGACCACCGAAUCAGGAGAUGCAGACUCCAAACCAUGGUCUGCCACCUCGUCCAAGAGAGGUUUCCAGGGAUUUGAUGGAAGACCAUGUGAGGAUGGUAGAUGGCAUCUCGGGGUGUGUGACUUGCAUUCAAGAGGAUUCGAGAGGGCAAAGGGUACAUAGAGCAUCUGACUUGGCCAAGACAAUUGGGGUAGUUCCCGAAUCAGAUAGAGUCGCUGGGUCUACUUCUGUCACUGUUCAGGAUGAAGUUGAAAAUGUUGCUGGAACAUUGAAAGAUAACAGCAUCAAGGAGGGUUGCCUUGUUGAGGUUUUCAAAGAUGGGGGUGAUUGCAAAGCAGCCUGGUUCCCAGCCAAUGUUCUGAGUUUGAAGGAUCGAAAAGCAUUUGUCUGUUAUAGCCAACUCCAAUUAGUUGAAGGUUCAGAGCAGCUAACAGAAUGGGUACCACUUGAAGGUGAUGCCAAAAAAUCACCACGAAUACGUGUUCCCCAUCCUAUGACUAAUAUUCCAGUGGAAAGGACGAGGAAGAGGCGUAGAGCAGUUAUUAGGGAUCAUCAUUGGUCUGUCGGGGAUAGAGUCGAUGUGUUCAUGCAAGAUUGCUGGCGUGAAGGAGUGGUCACAGAGAAGAAUAAGAAAGAUGAAACUACAUUAACUGUCCAUUAUUCAGCUGAAGGAGAAACAUCAAUUGUUAGAGUGUGGCAUCUCCGGCCGACUCUAAUAUGGAAGGGUGGGGAGUGGAUUGAAUGGUCUGUUUUAAGAGAGGACUGUUCUGUCCAGGGAGAUACACCUAAUGAAAAGAGGCUGAAGCUGGGAAGUUCUGUUAUAGAAGGCAAAGCGGCGGAUAAGACGUUAAAAAAUACUGAUCUUGUGGAAUCAGAAAAACAUGAGGAGCCUAGAUUAUUUCCAUUGGCUGCCAAUGAAAGAUUAUUCAAUGAUGGUAAGAGUCCUAGAGAUGGGAAUAAGCUGGGUGCACUUAGAACAAUGAGGAGUGGGCUGCAGAAAGAAGGAUCAAGAGUAAUUUUUGGUGUUCCUAAACCUGGAAAGAAGAGGAAAUUUAUGGAAGUAAGCAAACACUAUGUUUCAGACAGGAGCAGUAAGGAUAAUUUAGCAAAGGAUUCUGUUAAAAUUGCGAACUAUCUUAUGCCGCAAGGACCAGGAUCCCGUGGAUGGAAAAAUAAUUCUAAAAUUGGUGCUAAAGAAAAACAACCAGCCGAGGCCGGACCCAAAAGUCUUAAGGCUGGAAAACCACCAAGUGUUUCAGGCAGAACAUUACCUCAGAAGGAUAACUUCUUGGCCACCCAAGUAUUGGCUCCAAAAGACACUACCCUAACUGGUGCUAUAGUCAAAGCUGCUAUUAGCAAGGAGGAAAAUGACUUAGGCCAGCAGAAGUUAAGGGAAUUUGGAUCUUUUUCUAGCACUAAGGAGGCAACAGAGGGCCCAAUUUUAUUUUCUUCGCUAGCUCUUUCAGCAGAUGCUCAACCUAAAAAAGUGCCCACUUCAAAAGCCAAAUCUGAAUGGCAGAACAGAGGAAAAUUUGCACCUGCUGGUGGCAAGUCUGGUAAAGUUGAAAUGAAGGGAAAAUCAAGUGCUGAAGCUGCUGAACCCCGUAGAUCUAAUCGCAGAAUUCAGCCAACUUCAAGGCUAUUAGAAGGAUUGCAGAGCUCACUGAUCAUCUCGAAGUUUCCUGCAUCACAUGACAGAAGUCUCAGAGGCACUUCUAAAGGGAAUGGCCAAGGCUGAGCAGAGCUUUCAUGAACGAUGUUUUCCCCGACAGACACCCAACCAAUGUUUGUGUAUAUUUAUAGUGGGAGAGAAUUAGGAAUGGGAAUUAUGGGUUCUUGGUGCUUCAGGCUUCGGCUGUGAAAUAUAGUUGGUAGAUGUGGAUAUUGAUUCUAGUUUCCUUACAAAUAGGUUGUAUAUGGAAAUUCCCCAUGUAGUUGUUGGAUUAGAAGUGCACAAUGGUUUUGCAGAUGAUCAAUCAUGAACAUUUUGUAGUUUCUAUUAAUAAUUUUACUAAGAGCACCAGCAGCAUUCAGGAAGAUGAUUUUGUUGUCAUUGAAGUUGCUACAAUGGAGCCAACUGAGAACUCCCACAUGGGAGUUUGAGUUCAACCCUUGCCAAAGGCAAGAUGUGGUGGACAAAGAGAAGCUUGCAUAUUAGGCUGCUGCCUGCUGCCUUCCUUGAGCCCCACCUGAGUUCGUGCUCCCUGGCUGCACCAGCUGCACCCAUCCCCUUACCCUUAGGUGUGGAUAGUGGUCACUUGUUGGUCACUCAGUCUGGUGUUACGCUUCAAUGUCAUCAGAUUCUUUUGGGGGGCUUUGGAUUUCUGACCCUUAACAACUUCGAGUUGAACUUUAAG